CACAAAUUAGUGGAUUACACGUAUACUUCCAAGAAACUCUGCGCCUCUCUCUCUCUCUCACCGAAACAUACACAGUCACUCUCUACUCUCUUCGCUAGCUACAAUACACGAAGAUCUAGGCAACCACUGACACUGAGUCGGCAUUUUCAUUUGUUUUCGGCCUAUAAAGCUCACGCGCGCGUAUUCACCAUGGACCGGAAGCGAACCGACAGCCCGCUCUACGUUCGCCAAUGGAGCAGCGAAUCCAGCACCACAGGAACCAACCCGUCCUCACCGGUCAUGUCCCCGUCGCGUGCGCCCCACGUGCGCUCCUCCUCCGCCACCGCCUUCUCGACCGUCAAGCGAAACCAGAACUUCGCAGCCAAAGCCGCGGCUCAUCGCCUCGCUCAGGUUAUGGCCUCCCAGACCGCCGACGACGACGACGAUGAAGACGACGGCGACGACCUAGGGUUCCGUUACAGUGCUCCUCCACCUUUCGCUCUCUCAAGGACCGCCCUCAAAACCACCACCACCACUACCAAAAACCCUGAGGUUCCGCCUAUCAGGACUAACAGAUCUCCUUCAACUGCGAACUUUGUAGAGGAAACUCAGUCAGUUCGCUCGACGUCAACGGGAAGGCCAUCAUCCAUGUCGACUCGUGCGGCGGUGCCAUUGGUACCCCCAAAUAAUGCACCAUUGAGAACUGCGGUGUCUCUGCCGUCAAUAGAGUCUCCUUCUGCAAUUAUGCAAAGCAAUAAGAGAUUCUCAUCAGAUAUGGGACAUUUCAAAUCAAAUGAUUUUGGAGAUCAUCGUGAGGCUUCUGCACUUUGUGAUGAACUUGAUAUUCUGCAAGAAGAGAAUGAGAAUAUUCAUGAAAAGCUCAGGCUUGAGGAAGAUAGAUGUGACGAAGCAGAAGCCAGAGUUAAGGAGCUUGAGAAACAGGUUGCUGCUCUUGGAGAAGGUGUAUCUUUGGAAGCUAAACUCUUGAGCAGAAAGGAAGCUGCGCUGCGUCAAAAAGAGGCUGCACUUAAAGAUGCAAAAAAGCCCAAGGGUGGAGUAGAUAAGGAAAUUGAUUUGCUUCGAUCUGAAGUGGUGAAUGCAAAAGAUGGGGCUGCAGCUGUUAUGCAACAGCUUCAUGGAGCUGAAUCUGAAGUAAAUGCUCUUCGAUCAAUGACACAAAGAAUGAUACUGACUCAGAAAGAGAUGGAAGAAGUUGUUCUGAAGAGGUGUUGGCUUGCUCGCUACUGGGGCCUAGCUGCAAAAUAUGGUAUCUGUGCGGAUAUUGCAAUGUCAAAGUAUGAACAUUGGUCUUCCUUAGCCCCUCUUCCAUUUGAGGUUGUCCUUUCUGCAGGACAAAAGGCCAAGGAGGGAGGUUGGGAAAAAGGUGAUGAUGAUCCUGAGAAGAGGAACAAAGUUCAGGACGUCAAUGAUUUUUUAACUGGAGAAGGAAAUAUCGAGAGCAUGCUUUCAGUUGAAAUGGGAUUGAAAGAGCUUGCUUCCUUGAAGGUUGAGGAAGCCAUUGUGCUCUCACUGGCCCAACAACGUCGACCAAACUCUACUCGACUAUCUAUUUCAGAUUUUAAAUCACCAAGUGAUCCGAAGUUUAUGGAGGCAUUUGAACUAAGCCCAGAGGAGUCUGAGGAUGUUCUUUUCAAGGAGGCAUGGCUUACAUAUUUCUGGAGAAGAGCCAAAGCUCAUCGUAUUGAGGAGGAUAUUGCAAAAGAACGGCUUCAGUUUUGGAUUAACCGCAGUGGGAAUUCGCCAACUUCACAUGAUGCUGUUGAUGUUGAGCAAGGUCUGAUGGAGCUCAGGAAAUUGGGGAUUGAGCAUCGACUUUGGGAAGCAUCUCGGAAAGAAAUUGACCAGGAUUCUUCCACUUUGAUUGCACGGAAAGCUGCUGCAUAAUUGAAGAGUACUGGUUGACAAACAACUGCGGGCUUGAGAUGCUUUAGUUUCUUUCUUGUUUUGGCCUCUCCCUUUUUUUUUUUUUCUUUUUUUUUAGGAUUUUCUUUUAGUUUGGAAGAAAUUAUACCCUUGUAUCUAAUGAAAGCGCUACGCCUUGAAUGGAAGUUGCAGACUUGCAGUAGCCCUCAGUAUACAAGAUAUGAACUCGCAUAAUUUGAGAACUGAAAUGUAAGAUAGGUGUUCGAGGUU